AGCUUUCUUUGGGUAUAGUGGAGAUGUCAGUCCUUUAAUUUACUGGAUGAAAGGAGAGAAGUUUAUUGAAGAUCUGGAUGAAAAUCGAGUUUGGGAAAGUGACAUUAGAAUUCUCAAGGAGCAUCUUGGGGAGCAGGAAGUUUCCAUCUCAUUAAUUGUGGACUCUGUAGAAGAAGGUGACUUGGGAAAUUACUCCUGUUAUGUUGAAAAUGGAAAUGGACGUCGGCAUGCCAGCGUUCUCCUUCACAAACGGGAGCUGAUGUAUACAGUUGAACUUGCUGGAGGGCUUGGUGCUAUCCUUCUGCUGCUCGUUUGUUUGGUGACCAUCUACAAAUGUUACAAGAUAGAAAUCAUGCUCUUCUACAGGAAUCAUUUUGGGGCUGAGGAGCUAGAUGGAGAUAAUAAAGAUUACGAUGCAUACUUAUCAUAUACCAAAGUGGAUCCUGACCAGUGGAAUCAAGAGACUGGGGAAGAAGAACGCUUUGCUCUUGAAAUCCUGCCUGAUAUGCUUGAAAAGCAUUAUGGAUAUAAGUUGUUUAUACCAGAUAGAGAUUUAAUCCCAACUGGAACGUACAUUGAAGAUGUGGCAAGGUGUGUAGAUCAGAGCAAGCGGCUGAUUAUUGUCAUGACCCCAAAUUACGUGGUCAGAAGAGGCUGGAGCAUCUUUGAGCUGGAGACCAGACUUCGAAACAUGCUUGUGACUGGAGAAAUUAAAGUGAUACUCAUUGAGUGCAGUGAACUACGAGGAAUCAUGAACUACCAGGAGGUGGAGGCCCUCAAGCACACCAUCAAGCUCCUGACCGUUAUUAAGUGGCAUGGACCAAAAUGCAACAAGUUGAACUCUAAGUUCUGGAAACGUUUACAAUACGAAAUGCCUUUUAAGAGGAUAGAACCCAUUACACAUGAGCAGGCUUUAGAUGUUAGUGAGCAGGGGCCUUUUGGGGAGCUGCAGACUGUCUCAGCCAUCUCCAUGGCUGCCGCCACCUCCACAGCUCUAGCCACUGCCCAUCCAGAUCUCCGAUCCACCUUUCACAACACUUACCAUUCACAAAUGCGUCAGAAACACUACUACCGAAGCUACGAGUAUGACGUACCUCCUACUGGCACCCUGCCUCUUACCUCCAUAGGCAAUCAGCAUACCUAUUGUAACAUCCCUAUGACGCUGAUCAACGGGCAGCGGCCACAGACAAAAUCGAGCAGGGAGCAGAAUCCAGACGAGGCCCACACAAACAGUGCCAUCCUGCCGCUGUUGCCACGGGAGACCAGUAUAUCCAGUGUGAUCUGGUGACAGAAAAGCAAGGGACACCCCGUCCCUGGGAGUUUGAGUAGAGUCUGCAGUCCAGUGCCUGGAACUAAAUCCUCGACUGCUGCUGUUUAAAAAACAAACAAACAAACAAAAACAUGCAUUACAAUCUCUAGAACAUGAGGAAAAACAGGGUCUUGUACAUAUGUUUUUUGCAAUUUCUUUGUAGCAUCAGUGUCUUCCUGUUUUACCAUGUCUCUUACCAUUACAUUUUUUGACUUUGUUUUAUAUGUCAUUGGAAUUUGUAAAUUUACCUUUUUUUAAAGAAGAGACUUAUGUAUAGAUAGAAAACCCUUUUUUGCUUCAUUAGUUUAGUUUUAGAAUGGGUUUUUAUUUCCUUUCCUUGAUUUUUGUUUUGCUUUUAACAUUUCCUUGGGGUGCUUGGACAAAUCUAUCCGAUGGGACAAGGAGCACCGGAUCCUCUCUUGGGUUCUACCUAGGAUCAGCAGGGCCAUGUGGGCCUUCAGAAAGCAGUGCAACGAAUGCCAGCAUUGCCACUCGGGAAAAAAAAAUAAUGAGAACACUUGCUCAUAGGAGGGCCCCACCAAUCAGAGCCCUGAAUCUCUUCCUUGUCCCACCUCAUUCCCCACCUCUACCCUUCUAAUGGCGGCAUGACGUGUAAACUCUGAGAAGGGGUAGGGGGUGGGGUCUAACUGUCUUAACAUUUAAUUCACUGCUCGUCAGAAUACACUCCAGACCCAAAAGUGUGCUAGUCACUUGACAGUGACCCCUACAGAGUGCUAAGAAGAGAAGAUCAAGGGCAUGAAAAUGGGGGAGAGUGUGCUGUUUCCGUUUUUUAAAUGAGUUGAUGUACCCUUAUAUAAAUAUAUAUAUAUAUAUAUAAAAACACAGAACAAAACAAAAGAAACAAAAACAAAAAAAAAACAAAAAAACAAACAAACAAAAAAAAAAACAAAAAAAUCAAGCCCUAUAUUUGAUCACUUCCUGGAAAGGCAUGAAUGUGUUCGUGGCUGUUUUUGUUUACUAUUCUACUUCCUCUUUUCCCUCUAUGAUUUUCUGCAAAUGAGAUUAUGUGCAAAUGCCAGGCAAGUUAACUCAAAAGGGUGAAUCAACACAAGUCAAAAUGAAAUUUACAUUGUAAAUGAAAUUUACAUUGAAGGCUUCCAAACCAAAGGGAAGGACAGGAUGUGUCAUCAAAUAUGUUUUGUCACCUUGUAUUAUAGAAAAUGUUAUUUUCUAAAGAGUCAGUGCAAAUCUGUGAAACUUAUUAUGGGGUCCCCUUGUAUUUAAAUGUUACUUCACUGUAUUUAAUUUUCAGUGCUAUAAUCAGAAUCAAGUGUUUGGUUUCAGUUUGUGAACAUAAGCAACACUUAUUAAUCUCAAAGUGUUUAUAUAAGAACUCAGGAGGUCAAACAUAUGAUUACCAACAGAAAUCAGUAUUUUCAAAAUAAACAUUAUUUACACAAAAUAGUUUUUAAAUUAGAUGAGAAAGUAUUUAAAAUAAUUUUCCUGUGUAAAGAAUUAGUUUUAUUUUAACUGUAUAAUUCUGUCAGAAUCAGGAAGCUGAUGCUCCCAGGAAAUACAUCUCCCACCAUUUAGCUUUAUGUUUGAAAUCAAUGACAUAAAUAGCUAAUACAUAUUCAUGUUGAAAAUGAUACAAAAUCAAUCCUAAAGGAACUUGCAGAGGGCAAAAUUGCUAAAGGGAAAUAUUACCUAAGUAGCUUUUAGUUUUAAAAAAAAAUCGAUGUGAUGAAAACACUGAUAAUAGAACUUAUGCAUUACUUUAGUGAUUCAGUGUAGGAACUUCCAUUCCAGCCAUCGUCCGUGGGCUUGUGUAGUGACUAUUGUAUGUUUGCUUUAUUCCUACCACCAUAUAAUGAGAAAACAAUUCUACAGUUUUGGUCACAAUACUAAGGUAUGAGUUGGCCACACACACAAAAAUGUAAACUUCAGUAGAGCUCAUUGGUGAGGGUAAAAUUGAAUUGCAAAUGUAUGAGAGAUGAUUAUAAGAAUUUUGUAAAGCUGCGAAUAUCUCAUGUUUGUGUGACAAGGUAAAGGAGCUUUAGGAUGUGCAUUGAUUUUUAUUUGCUAAAAAAAAAAAAAAAUGCUUAUUUCCCUGACAACUUGCCUGGGUCCUUGUCCACAAUCUGUUCUUUUUAUUCCCGUGCUCCCCUUGGACCUCUGUUACAUUUUCACAAACCAGAACUGAAGCUGCAAGGACACAUAAACUUUAAGGUCAGCUUUGCACAUUAGGUUAUUUUCAGAAUUCAAGAAGGCCAUUGUUUAUGCUAUGGACACCUGUCAGGGACUGGUGGCAGUGACGUCACUGGACUGGAUUCCAGAUUCCCCCAGUGCUCAGAAAACUGCAAAUAUGGCAAUGGCCUGGUUUAUUUCUUUCUUUGUUGUUUUUUUUUUUUAAUUUUUUUAAGUGCACGAUGGAAGUGUGGAAUAAAUGUAGAGGAAGUAUUCAGACCACAGUCAUAUUUUAGGCAUCCAUAGGUGUUAAUUUAGCUGCAUUGGGAGUACAUUUUUUGUUCUAUUUUUAGUGUAGAUUUAAGCACUUUGAAUAGCAUGAUUCAGGGGUUGAUGGGUAAUAUUUGAUAUUCUCACAACUUAAAAAACGCUUUUCUUUUUCCUCUAAUGCUUUGUCAUAUUUCUAGAAAAUCAAUGGAAGAAGAAGUUCUCUAUGGCUUUAGAAACAUUCCUCCCGAGUAUUCCUCUAUCAGCUACAUGUGAGAACAAAUGAAGGAAACUGUCAUGUGUUCACGUGCUCUAUGUUUAACAAAAGUUAUGUUAGAAUUCACAAUAAAGAGAGAAAAAAAUGUAUUUUCCCUAGUGCUUAGGUUUCAUCCUUCUCUUUCUUCUGUGGGGGCUGUGGGGGAUAAGAAUAUUCUAAUUGUAAAAACACAGUUGAAAGUGUGAAUUUGUUAGCCAAGCUGAGGGAGAUAAUGGACAUCUGGACUUGGAUAUGUGUGAUGUUUGGUAUUGCCUGUUUUUCAUCAUUUGCUACUCAGACCGCAAGUGACAUGUUAUGGAUUCCUAAGUCCACCUGGGUUUUUAAUGUAACCUCUACUUGCUGCCUAUGAGCGUCCUACCCUUUAUACUGGUGCUCAAAUCUUUGAUUAUUUAAUUUGUAAUCUGUUCCUUAGGUCUUCUGUGGACAGAGAAGGAUUUUGUGUCUCAUGCAGCUAGCUGAUUUAAGAUCAAGUAUAUGAAAUAAAUCCGAGACACAAUGACCUAAGACACCUGAACCUACUCUAUUUCUAUAACUAAACCCCUGAUUGUGUCAGUCAACCAUUUUGUGUUGAUUACUUUCUUCAUAAUGUAUGCAUUUGAACCCUGUUGACUAAAAUACCUAAAUACUUCUUCCUUAUUUCAUUACUAUUUAGCAUUUUAUAACAAGAACAGAUGUUAACUGAGAGCUGACCCUAAACGCCAAGUAAGUUUUGUUUAUCCUAGGAUGGUCAUUAACUUUGACAGGUACCACUUAAGUAAAUUAAGAUCACCAUUUCUAAGAAAACAUUCAUUCGUAUAUUUGUAAAUUUUUUUCAGGUUCUGGAUGCCCUAGUUCUCCUUUUUGUAAGAAGUAUUUUUCAUCUUGUGCUUAAUUUCUUUCUUGUUUUAAUUUAGUUUAAGUUUAUAUCAUUGGUCCCAGAAGAAAGCUUAUUGAAAUUCAAAGAUCACUGAUACCAUGCAAGUAAAAUGACAGACUGGAACUAAGAGAACAUAGAGACACAGAAGCAGAAAAUCCCUUACUGUUUCUGAUCUGAACUUGCUUGAUCAUUAUUCCCAUUAUUAAAUGGGUUAGAAAUUCUAUCUACAGACACAUAUUCCCUAUUACUAAAGAAUUUUUUAACAACCUAUACAGUUAUUACAAAGAGAUGAUUAUGCAACUGAGUUCCCUAAAAGGAGUAACUUGUCAAUGGAAGCAGAGCUAUUCCUUGCCUUAUCACUAACACCUCCCACUUUAUUAUUCUGAACAAAGAAAGCAACCAACAGUCAAAUUUGCAUUGUCCUUAACAAUAGACCUUAAACGUGGGUUUAAGGACACCUUAAGUAUGUAAGACUGAUUAAAGGAAGUAAGAAAACACUUGAAAUUCCAGACAGAAUUGUGAAAAUGUACAAAACUGUGUUUUCUGGGAUGUGAGUCUCAAAGACAUCCAUCACCUAAAAAGCUAUGAUAUUUGGAUAUAAAGCGUAUUCUCAGAAACUGACAUUGAGAUAAACCAUGUAUCUUGCAGACACUGUUAUGGCUACUAUUUCUUACCUUCAUUCAUGAAAAUUCAGGAAAUGAUUAUUAUUCUUUAAACAAACGGAGGCAAUUCCAACAUGACCCAACUUUGUGGGAGACUUGGUUUAUAGUGAGGCAAAACUUAGAUGACCAAGUAAUUCAGACCCAAAUAAAUGAGAGUUGAUAGUUUAUUCAUUUCUUAAUUUACUCAAAAGAUAACUGAGGGGUAGGGAAUGUGAAAUCAUGCAAUUUGGCAUGAUGCCUUAUGUCAUUAAACUUUUUUCUGGGUUGAUUUAAUUGUUUUCCUACAACAAAAUUAAGAAGAAAUAACUUAGGGCAGGAGUAGAAGAAACAACCAUUUGACAUGUUUUUCCAAAGGGACCCGGUUUUCUUAUGCUAAGAUUUAGAGUUGGUUAUGUACUUGGUUUUCAGCAACUGAGUUUAUGCCAGUUUCAGGAUUUAUGAUAUAACUUUGAGGCAAUAUGAAGAAUUUUGAGAAUGAACUGACAUGGUGGUAAUUUCAAGUUUUACUUUUUGCUCCUGGUGGGCAGCAAGAUGAAAGUUGGUGCUAUGUUAAUUAAGAUACUGCCACAAGGAACUGUAAGACCUGACUCAGUGUGAGUAAAGGGGAGGAUGAUGAUGACGAGUUAAUCCUAAUCUUCUCUGUUUUGUCAUCAUCAAACUUCAGUCACAUGUAUAGAAAAUGCCCAGACUGAAAAGAAAGAACUCAGCUCUGAUUUUUCCAUCAAGUAUCAUUUCUUCCUUCUAGGCUCAGAACACAAAACAUCUCUACAAAUAAAAAGACAUAAAAAGACAAAUUUCCUUUUGCCCUUUAGGAAGUGCCCCUCUAAAGUCUCUGAGUCCACUGACAAACUCAGGUUUCUGAAUUGUUCACUGAAAUAAGUAAGGCACUAUUGUUUUUCUACCAUUCACUAUGUUCACUACCUUCACAAUACAUCCCCCAGCAUCCACAGCCUGAAAAAUCUUCUCUUCCUAACAAAGUCAAGUCAUUACACUAUAUUUCCUCCACUACUAAAUGAGUAGAAAUCGAAGAACUGCACAUGAACUUGAGACUCUUACAUGUAAUAUUGAUGUUGUGUAAAUUUCAGUCUUCAUAGUCCAGAUAACCUUAAGUUUCAAAGGGCAUGCUGGUCAUUAAAAAAAAAAAGAUUUAAUGUAAAAUGACAUAUUACAUAGUGCAUGAACAUGUGGCAAAGUAAUUUGGAUCUAUCCUUACUAGUCAAUGAGAGACUAAAUUUGGGGAGAUUGGAUGUGAGUGUUUUAGGUUAAUUCUCAACUGGGAUGAAGACAUCUUUCUGUUAGUAUACAUGGACAAUUGUCCAUAUUCCUCGCAACAUAUGCUCCUGGUAGCUAGAAUCCUUAGUGUGUUUUUUCCACUGAAGUAGUGGAGAUAUGUUCAUAUAAUCUGCUAUUAAAUUGUAAAAACUUUUACAUUUUCAGAGUUUGAGAGAACCCAAAUAGGAAAAUGAAUUUGGUCAUUUUCCUCUGCUGGUGUUCAAAUCAAUUUUAAACUCAGACGCUUUCAGAUAUGUUCAACAGUCAGUAAAAAGUGCAUUUUCCAUAGUGUUUCCCUUUAGUUUUGCCUACCCUCUUUGAUUUUGUACAAUCUAGAAUGUAUGUAACAUGCGUAGGUGAUGGAGGCGCUCCUUUUUUUCUUAGAAUACUUACAAUUAUAUAUUUGGUUUUGCUUUGACUAGCAAUAGGACAAUAGACAAAUACAAGUAUAAAAAUGAGAAAUUUUAAACUUGAAUUAUAAUUUGUGUUUUAUAGUCGUUUCAUAAGUCUGUUGCUCUCUAUGAGUAUGCUCUCUAUAUAUCCUGUAAAAAUAAAUUUAUAUGUUACAUAGAAAUUCAAGAAAUUAAAUUAUUUAUUAAGCUACAUAUGUUUCUUCUGGUUUCUACCUGAUCAUAGAUGAAAAUAAAUUAAAUAAUGUGUUGUUGGAA